AUCUCUCCUCCUACCAACCCGAAUCUCUUACGAAAGAACCUUAGUUCUCAUGAAAGUGAGACGAAAACUCCAUUCAAACCCUUUAGAUUAUUAAAUAAUUAAUACUUAAAUUUUAAAUGUCGUAGCAUAGUUGAGUUGAGUUCCAUCUUCUUGGAUUGAAAAAAAGUCGUAAAUAUAUAUAUGAUAUAUCUUAUAUUAUAUUAAACAAAAACACUAAAAACUACGUUAAUUUAAUGAAUAUAUAUUGUUUUGAUUUCUAUUUCCAAAUCAUUAUUAGAAUGAAGAAGAUGAUUUGGAGGUUGGUCGUUUUUCUGGUUCUGCUACUCCCGCUGCCGGGGGCGGCGGCGGCAGCGGUGUUACCUGUUGAGAAACAGUUCGGACCAUUCGACCCAUCUUACUACAGCAUCUUCUCCGUACUAACGCCAGCCACCAUAAGCAACGGCGCUCUACAAGUGACUCCAGACUCGGCCGGGAACUUCACCUUGGCCAACCGCUCCGGCCGAAUCUUCUUCAACCAAUCUUUCAAGCUCUGGGACGAGUCUUCCAAUAAGGUGGCCUCCUUCAACACUUCAUUUCUCUUUAACAUGUUUCGGAACAACGGGUCUUCGGGUCCGGGAGAAGGUUUGGCUUUUGUUAUAGCUCCUAAUAACGUGGACCUUCCUCCGGGAAGCAGCGGUCAGUACCUGGGUUUGACCAACGCCACCACUGACGGAAAUUCCAGCAACAAAAUCGUCGCCGUCGAGCUCGACACGGUCAAGGAGAGCUUCGACCCGAAUGACAACCAUUUGGGUCUCGAUAUAAACUCAGUCAAGUCCAUCAAGACUGUCAAUCUCUCCGCCUUCGGCAUCGAGAUCGCCCCCGUCGGUACCCGGUUCCAUAUGGUCUGGAUCCAAUACGAUGGCGAUUCGAAAAGGCUCAGCGUUUUCCUGGCCGAGCAGAAACGGGAAAGUGAUUUGACUUUCGUGAUCCAGCCCAGACCCACCAAGCCCCUCAUGACGGCGAAUCUUGACCUCAGCAAGCUCGUCAACCAAAAUUCCUACCUGGGUUUCGCCGCAUCCACCGGGGACACAUUCCAGCUGAAUUGCGUGCUGAGAUGGAAUCUGACGGUGGAGAAGCUUCCGGGUGGAGAUGAUCAGACUAGCGGAGGGAACAGGAAUAUCGGGGUUGCGGUGGGGUUGGGGGUGUCCGGAGCGGUGAUUCUGGUGGUGGGAUUAAUGGGGUUGUCUUAUUACAUUUAUCGGCGGCGGAAGGUGGCUUCGGACCCGGCGAUUUUGGGGGCACUGAAGAGCCUUCCGGGCACGCCUAGGGAGUUCAUGUUCAGCGAGCUGAAAAAGGCGACCAACAAUUUUGAUGAGAAACGGAAAUUGGGUCAGGGAGGUUUUGGUGUGGUUUAUAGAGGUUUGUUGCCUAAAGAGAGGGUCGAAAUUGCUGUGAAGAAAUUCUCAAGGGAAAAUCUCAAAGGCAAAGAUGAUUUCUUGUCCGAGUUAACCAUCAUUAAUCGUCUUCGUCACAAACACUUGGUCAGCUUACUCGGGUGGUGCCACAAGAACGGGUCAUUGCUACUUGUAUACGACUACAUGCCCAACGGCAGUCUGGACAACCACCUCUUCUGCAGCCCGGAGCAGGAGCCACUGAGCUGGAACCUCCGUUACAAGAUCGCAACCGGGGUGGCCUCGGCCCUGCAUUACCUCCACAACGAGUAUGAGCUGAAGGUGGUCCACCGUGACCUCAAAGCCAGCAACAUCAUGCUGGAUGCUCACUUCAACGCCCGCCUCGGUGACUUCGGCCUGGCGCGCGCCAUCGACAAUGAGCGCACCUCCUACGCCGACCAGCACCUCGACGGCGUCCCUGGCACGCUAGGUUACAUUGCCCCUGAGUGUUUCCACACCGGCAAGGCCACCCGCGAGUCUGAUGUAUACGGCUUUGGUGCUGUCCUGCUUGAGCUCGUCUGCGGCCAGAGGCCAUGGACCAAGAUGGAAAGCUUCAACUCCCUGGUAGAUUGGAUAUGGUGGCUGCACCGGGAGGGCUGCCUUCUCAAGGGGGUCGACGAGAGGCUGGGAAGUGACUACACGGAGGAGGAGGCUGAGAGGCUUCUGCUGCUGGGAUUGGCUUGUUCCCAUCCUAAUGCCGGGGAGAGACCAACAACGGAGGCCAUCAUUCAGAUCAUCUCCGGGUCGGUUGCGGUGCCCCAUGUCCCGCCUUUCAAGCCAUCUUUCGUGUGGCCGUCGUAUAUGCCCGAUGGGGCGGCGUUGGGGUUGGACAGUAGCAGUUACACUAAUUCUAACGCCAAUAGCAUGGCCACUAGUAUCACUACUGGCUCCUCUUGGCACGUUGGUUGGACGCCUUAGCAUCUCACCAGGCACCACACUCGGGAUAGCAUAGCAACGGAGGAGCCUCUUGUUCUAUUUUUAUAUACCUAAAACAUUCCUAUAAAUACAUGUUUUCAUUACCACUUCGUAAUUGUUUCGAGUCGAAUAGAAAUCGAGGUGUUGACAUCAAAUAUUUAUUCUACUUUGGUCUCUGAUUUUUUUUUUCCUUGGGUUAUUCACUUUUUUUUAGUUAAUUAUUGUUCAAUAUUGUAGGGGAGUGGAGGACAAGGGUUUUGGCCGUGUGAAUUGUACAGUCUGAUUAUUCGUCACGUAUAUAAGAAAUUGUUUUGAUUGCUUUAUAUAA